CACACACUGAGUUGUCUUGAAGUUCUCGCUUGACUACAGCUAAGGUCACCUGUUACACAGCCAGCAGCAUGGCGUCCGUCUCGCUCAGCUCCAACCUCAACAAGGCCGUGCGGCAGCAGUACAUGAGCCUGCCACAGGGGGGGAAGAGCCAGGUCACCUACAUCUGGAUCGACGGCACCGGGGAGGGGCUCCGCAACAAGACCCGGACCCUGGACACCGAGCCGAGCAGCCUUGACGAUAUUCCCGAGUGGAACUUUGAUGGCUCGAGCACGUACCAGUCCGAUGGCUCCAACAGCGACAUGUACCUCAGCCCGGUGCGCAUGUUCAGGGACCCGUUCUCCCUGGACCCCAACAAGCUGGUCCUCUGCGAGGUCCUCAAAUACAACCGAAUACCCGCAGAAACCAACCAUCGAGCCAACUGCAACAAAGUGAUGGAGCAGGUGAAGGAGCACUGCAUCUGGUUCGGCAUGGAGCAGGAGUACACGCUGUUGGGAAUAGACGGGCAUCCUUACAGUUGGCCCGCCAAUGGAUUCCCACUACCCCAAGGACCCUUCUACUGCUCGGUGGGGGCCGACCACGCUUUCGGGCGGGACAUCGUGGAAUGCCACUACAAGGCCUGCCUCUACGCGGGAAUCACAAUUUACGGCACCAACGCCGAAGUGAUGCCGUCUCAGUGGGAGUACCAGGUGGGACCCUGCGAGGGCAUUGAGAUGGGCGACCAGCUGUGGGUGUCACGCUUCCUGCUGCACCGCGUGUGCGAAGACUUCGGCGUCGUCGCGUCACUGGACCCCAAACCGAUGAAGGGCAACUGGAACGGUGCCGGUUGCCAUACCAACGUCAGCACCAAGCUGAUGAGGGAGGAGGGAGGACUGCAAUACAUCGAGCAGGCCAUCGAGAAGCUGGGCAAAAAACACCCCGAGCACAUCCGAAUGUACGACCCGCACGGCGGGAAGGACAACAUGAGGCGCCUCACGGGGCUCCACGAGACCUCCUCCAUCGACGACUUCUCCGCCGGCGUGGCCAACCGGGGCGCCAGCAUCCGGAUCCCCCGCCAGGUGGGCCAGGAGCAGAAGGGCUACUUCGAGGACCGUCGGCCCGCCGCCAACUGCGACCCGUACUCAGUGACCCAGGCCAUCACCGUCACCUGCCUGUUGGACUCGGAGGAGGCAGACGAGAGCAAGUAGAGGAAGAAGAGCUGCUCCCAUCAUCUGCCUCUCAGUUCUUACUUUAUUUUUGUUUUUCGGUGUUAUUUAUCUAGGUUUAGAGAUAUAUAUAUAUAUACAUCAUAUAUAUAUAUAUAUAUAUGUAUAUAUAUAUAUAUAUGUGUAUAUAUAUAUAUAUAUGCGCACAGGCUAGUUCUGUUAAUGUCGCUAUAGAAAUGAGAAAUUAAUGACAUAUUUUGUACAGCAGCUCUGUCAGAACAGGAAAUUAGACAUUAUGCGUUAAUGAGUCAUUGUCGCUGAAAACGUGUGUUACAGGUGUAAGUGUGGGAAUAAAUACACAACGGUGCUUUGCUUUU